AGAAUCAGUCAGUCCGACGUACUCGCCGCGACCACACGACACUUUGCUACGGAAACUUCUCCCACUCCCAUCAAUUAAAACUUUGACGCCCCAUUUAAGCGUCUCAGUUUUUGUAUCGAACUUACGCAUUAGCGAAUUACUGAAUUGAAAAAUGUUCUCAACGAAGAAGAGCUUGGACAAGAUCCUGCAAAUUUACAAGAAUGAGAUCCGCCGGCAAAUCAGCAAGACUACGAGCGUGACCAACUCGGACGCGAUGGUGCCGCGGCUCGACCAGGCCGGCAGCGCCCAGCAGGCCGACGAGGCCAUCGGCACCAAGAAGCUGCUGAAGUUGCAGAAAUAUCACAGAUACCUGUCCACCCUGACUGGGCAGCAGAUGCCGCUGGCGGCCCGCGGGCUGGCGGUGUCCAAGGACCAGUCUCGGGAGUUCAUGGCUUGCUUCCCGGACAUCAUCCGGGACCUCACGGAGUCCGGCAAGCACAAUGACGUGCCUCAUGCGGCCCAAUGGCUGGCUAAGCUGUUACAAUACAACGUCCCGAAUGGCAAGAAGAACCGCGGACUGGCCACAGUCCUCGCUUACAAGAUGUUGGAGAAACCGGAGAAUAUGACCCCUGAGAAUGUCCACCUUGCUAACAUCAUGGGGUGGUGUGUUGAGAUGUUCCACACCCAACAGAUGUUGUUGAACGACAUAAUGGAGGGUACAGCGAUGCGCCGCGACACGCCGUGCUGGCACACGCGGCCUGAGGUCGGCCUCAGCGGCGUCAACGACGCAGCGUUGGUGCAGUCCGCUAUGUACUCCACGUUGAAACGACACUUCGGCGCUAAGCCCUACUACAAGAACGUGCUUGAGAUGUUUAACGAGAUGCUAGUGAAAUGCUCAGUAGGCCACUACUUAGAGAAAUCUAUCAAUCGCACGGAGAAGCCGGACCUAUCACAGUUCACGAUGGAGAACUAUGAAGCGAUCACGAAGUAUAAGACAGCCUACUACACCUUCCAAAUGCCGGUCAGCCUGGCGCUUCUGAUGGCCGGAGUUGAAGACCCAGAGACACACAGACAGGCCAAGACUAUUCUUCUAGAGAUGGGAGAGUUCUUCCAGAUCCAAGACGAUUUCUUAGAUUGCUUCGGAGACCCCACCGUCACAGGCAAGAACGGAACCGACAUCCAAGACGGAAAGUGCACGUGGCUAGCAGUAGUAGCUCUGCAGCGGGCGACACCGGCCCAGAAGGAGAUCAUGGAGGCGCACUACGCCAGCGCCAACCCCGCAGACGUCGCCAAGAUAAAGGAUCUCUACGAAGACCUACAACUACCACACACUUUCUCAGUCUACGAAGAAGCCACAUACGAUCUCCUUAGGACACAAAUCCAACAAGUCACCCGUGGACUACCACACGACCUUUUCUUCAAAAUGCUGUCCACAAAUGUAUCUGUGUCAGAGACAAAAGAAAAGGAAACAUUUCAAGAUGUGCUGCCCAUUAUAAUCAACACACUUUCUUCCAAUGAGAAAUUUGCAGAGGUACCAGAGGUGGCUACUUGGAUAAAGAAGAUAUUGGAUUACAAUUUGGCUGGAGGGAAGAAAAACAGAGGCGUGGCAACAGUAUUUGCAUAUGAAAUGUCAGAAAAACCUGAAAACAUUACAGAGGAGUCCCUGCGAUCAGCCAGAAUUCUUGGUUGGUGUGUAGAAAUGUUGCAGGCUUACUUCUUGAUGAUGGACGACAUAAUAGACGGGUCUUCGACACGGCGCGGGGUGCCGUGCUGGUACCGGUUGCCCGACAUCGGACUCAACGCCAUCAACGACUCUAUCCUAGUCUACUGCUCCAUGUAUGAGGUGCUACGGGUCCACUUUCUACAGCACCCGCAUUAUACUAGCCUCGUGAAUAUUUUCCAAGAAGCUACGCUGUUAACGUCAGCCGGUCAGCAUCUAGACCUAUGGACCGCAACUGGCAACAAGAAAAACUACAGUCUAUUCACGGUAGAAAGAUACGAAUCUAUCGUCAAGUACAAGACUGCGUUCUACACGAUCCGUCUGCCGGUGUCCCUCGGACUGCUUCUAGCCAACAUCACGGAUAAAACGACACGAAAGAAGGCAGACGACAUCUGCCUUGAUAUUGGGAAACUUUUCCAAAUACAGGACGAUUACAUCGACAACUUCUGCGACGAAUCGGCGACAGGGAAAAAGGGCACAGAUAUCCAAGAGGGGAAGUGUUGUUGGCCCGCCGUGACCGCGCUCCAACUCUGCACCCCAGCGCAGAGAACUCUCUUCGAGGAGUGCUAUGCUAGCAAGGAGCCCGAACACAUCGCUAAAAUCAAAGCGCUCUACGAAGAACUGCGCUUACCAGAAAUAUACGCGAAACAAGAGCGUGCGCUAUAUGACGACAUCAUACGCAAAACACAAGAACUUGGCCGCGAUACAAACCUGACAAAACUAUUUUACAGGCUUGUCGAUAUGAUAUACAAAAGGAAACACUAACGUAUCUAAUGUUACCAAUUGAAAACUGCUCAAAUAUUUGAAGAAAUAUCUUAAUUAUCACCCUUGGGUGUAGGUGCUCUGAAUUUUAUUUUAAUAGUUAAUAAAUAAAAACAAUUAUAAAAAGUGGGAUUUUAUACAUAUUGAAAAAUAAAUAAAUAAAAAGCAUAUAUUUAAAGGGAUAAACUUGUAUAAAUUUGUAUUAUAAGUAAAAUAAGUUAUUGGAAUUUAUAGACAUCGUGUUGUUGAUAAAACUCAGGUGCCUUAAGAACUUGGUAUCUGGGCCGAUUUAUAUGAUAUAUCAAGUAAGUGAUUUUCCAGGCUAAGUUCCCAACAACAAUAUAAAAGUAAUUUUCUCAUUACUCAGGGAUAUAAUUAUUAAAAAAUAUAGUGUAAUGGCAGAGGCAUAACAUAAAAAUAACUGCUGCUUGAUAUUUGGAUCAGAUAUGGUAUAGAAUUGUUGCUACCUACAUUGCUUUUCUUUAUUUUGAUCAGAGUAAUAAUGGAUGGAAGAAAUGUUGUGUCUGGGUGUAACAAGUUAAUACAAGGGUCAUCGUUUAUACCCAAAAACAAGGAUAAAAGAUGCAUACGUCUGUUGUUGUCCAUGAAAUUAGAAAAACGAAGGCAGCUAUGCAGCGCGAUCUAUAUUUUCUGUGGGGAACUUAACCUGGAAAGCCCCUCAUUACUUAGGGCCUGCUUCUGAGAUUCUAAUAAGCCUAACCAUUAAUAUUAGGAUAGUUCAUUUUUUCAAGAGAUUCAGGUCAUAUCUACGUGUUUUAUCAACAAGCUGCUAUGUUUAAUAUCCAAGGACUGAGUCUCAAGUCGUUUUAUACCUCACGAUUAGUCAUAGACUAGUUAAGUUACAAUCGCAGGAGGCCUGUGUUGUCUAUGGUUACAGCCGACAUUAUUGUCUCAUACUGAAUAUCCAGCCGGGCCUGCAUGAUAACCGCGCCGUGCGCGGCGCGAAUUAUAUGGAGCGCUUCGACCAAUAAACGAUACGAAUGCUAUCUACGCAGAUGGACGUCAAACGGCUAUUGUGGUUAUCGAGAUGGCUUCGAUACAAUUCGCACCGCGCGCGGCGCGGUUGUCGUGCAGAGCCUACAGGUCGAAUAACAAAUAAGUCUAAGGGCCCUACGACAUAACUCACUGCGUCACCAUGUAUACAUUUGUAUGAAAGCUACCCCGGGCGAUAUAAUAGCACUUGCAUAAUAUUCAUCUUCGAAUCCCGGUGGGGACUUAUCACAAAAACUUUGUGAUCCCUAGUUUAGUUAGGACAUUACAGGCUGAUCACCUGAUUGUCCGAAAGUAAGCUGAGCCGUUGGUCCCGGUUACUACUUACUGACGUUAUUAAUCGUUACAUGAGCCAUGUCAGGGGCCUUUGGCGGCUCAAUAAUGACCCUGACACCAGGGUUGCGGAGCUUGGUAAUCCACCUCAUAACCCACACGAUAGAAGAAGAAUAUACUGAGUACCUUCACCUAGGAUCAAGCCUGUGUAUAUAGAUGUGAUAGUAUACAAUGUAUCGAUGAAAACGGACCUGUAUAAGUCUUAAAUAAAUAGUACCCAUUUUUAUAAUUGUCUAUUAAGAGGCGAUAAACAUAGAGCAACACGGACCUUUGGCGAUAAAGAACAUUAAUUUUUAUUAUAAUGCUGUUAUUUAUUAUAUUACAUUAACUUGAUUCUUCCCAGCGAUUCUUUCUUUCCUUGACGGUAUCUAACUUUAAGUUUAUGACUCUAGUUUUAUUUGGAACUGUUGUAAUAUUUAUACUUAAUUAAAAUACAAUAUUAUCAAACUGA